AUGAACGUCUCGGACCCCGUGGAGGUGGCGGAAGUCGCCAGAGCUAGGGCUGCUGCUCAUGAUGCCGAGAUAAAUGAGAAGGCGGAUCACAAGUUGGCUCUCUCGCCUAGCAUUGAAGAGGUGCCUCCCGUGUCGAAAGAAGUGGGAGUUUCGUCUGCGGUUUAUGAUGACGAUCAUGCCCAUCUCCAGAGGCAAUUCCCCUCCGACGACGAGUUCAACAAUCUCCGUCGAGUAGCGGGUGACAUUCCCUGGACUGCGUACACCGUGGCAAUUGUCGAGUUGUGCGAGCGAUUCUCCUACUAUGGCACGACUGCAGUUUUCGUCAACUUCAUCCAGCGUCCUCUUCCCGAGGGUUCGACCACUGGGGCGGGAUAUGACCACUCGAAUCCCGGUGCGCUGGGGAUGGGUCAGCAGGCGUCAACUGGUCUGACAUUGUUCAACGCGUUCUGGUCAUACGUGAUGCCCCUGUUCGGUGCCUUCAUGGCUGACCAGUACUGGGGACGAUUCCGGACCAUCAUGUUCUCCAUUGGCGCCGCUCUCCUGGGCCAUGUCGUCUUGAUCAUCUCGGCCUUGCCUCCGGUUAUUGCUCACCCCAACGGUGCCAUUGCCUGCUUCUCCAUCGGUCUGCUCAUCAUGGGCGUGGGUACCGGUGGUUUCAAGUCCAACAUUUCUCCCUUGAUUGCCGAGCAAUACCGGGAAGAAGUCCCGUACAUCAAGACUCUCAAGAACGGGGAGCGCGUUAUUGUCGAUCCCGCGGCCACCAUCUCCCGUAUCUACCUCUACUUCUACCUGAUGAUCAACAUUGGUUCGAUCCUGGGCCAGGUCAGCAUGGUGUAUGCGGAGAAAUACGUCGGAUUCUGGCUGUCGUUCUUCCUGCCCACCGUCAUGUACCUGGGCUGCCCGCUCGUCCUGUUCUUCUGCCGCAACAAGUAUUACCUCGUCAAGCCGACGGGCUCGGUCUAUACCCAGGCCAUCCGUCUGUGGAGACUGGCGAUGAAGGGGCGGUGGUCUCUCAAUCCUGCCAGAAUCUUCAAGAAGAACGAGAAGCCCUUUUGGGACUCGGUCAAGCCGUCUGCUCUUGGUCCCGACCGUCCCCAGUGGAUGACCUUUGACGACGAAUGGGUGGACGAAGUCAGCCGUGGUCUCAAGGCCUGCAAGGUCUUCCUGUGGUACCCUCUGUACUGGCUCGCCUACAACCAAAUGAUCAACAACCUCACCUCGCAAGCCGCAACCAUGCGUCUGGGCGGCGUCCCCAACGACAUCAUCAACAACCUCAACCCCCUCUCCCUCAUCAUCUUCAUCCCCAUCAUGGACCAGUUCAUCUUCCCGGGCCUCCGCCGCAUCGGCAUCAAGUUCACCCCGCUGAAGCGCAUCACCGCGGGCUUCUUCAUGGCCGGCAGCGGCAUGAUCUGCGCCACCGUCACCCAGCACUACAUCUACAAGCUCGGCCCCUGCGGCAAGGACGCCAACUUCUGCCUGGACGAGUACAACAGGCACACCGACAUCUCGGUCUGGGUGCAGGCCAUCACCUACGUGCUCGGCGGCAUCUCCGAGAUUUUCGCGUCCGUCACCUCGCUCGAGUACGCCUUCACCAAGGCGCCGAAGAACAUGCGCUCGCUGGUGCAGGCGGUCGCGCUGUUCAUGAAUGCGUUCUCGUCGGCGCUGGGCCAGGCGCUGGUGAGCUUGUCCAAGGACCCGCUGCUGGUGUGGAACUAUGCUAUUGUGGCGAUUCUGGCGUUUGUCGGCGGCGCGGGCUUCUGGUUGACGAAUUACAAGCUGGAUAAGCAGGAGGAUGAGCUGAAUAACUUGCCUGCGAGCCGUUAUGAUGGGGGCAAUCCCAAUCCCAAGCUCGAUGAGGAGUCGGCGCAGCGGAUGUAA